AUGUAUCCAAGUGACAUAAGUGACAAAGAAUGGGAAAUACUAGAGCCAUACGUUGCACAAGGGGCAAUAGGAAGGCCAAGAAAACACGAUAUUAGAGCAUGCAAUAAGAUAUAUAAUGAAAGGAGGUUGUCAGUGGAGAAUGCUGCCAAAAGAUUUUCCGCCAUGGAAAACAGUAUACGACCACUAUUUCAGGUGGCGCAAUAAUGGAAAAUUACAACGAAUACAUGACUCUUUGGUAAAAAAGGUAAGAGAAAUGGCCGGCAAAAGAGCAACACCGUCUGUUGGAAUAAUAGACAGUCAAUCAGUAAAAACGACUCAAAAAGGGGGUCCAGAGGUUACGAUGCUGGAAAGAAGAUAAAAGGCAGGAAGCGCCAUAUUAUAGUGGAUACGUUGGGUCUUGUAGUCACAGCUGAUGUGCAUAGUGCAGGUGUGCAAGAUCGUGAUGGAGCAUUAGCUCUACUAAUAAAAGCAAAGCGCAAAACACUAACUUUGCAGAGAUUUUUUGCCGAUCAAGGAUACACAGGUGAACUGCAAAAGCGCUGUUUUCUGAAAACCGGAUGUCUACUCACAAUUGCUAAAAAAGAUCCCGAAGCUGAAGGAUUUCAGGUUAUUCCAAAACGUUGGAUAGUUGAAAGAACCUUUGCUUGGCUCUCCAAUUUUAGGCGCAUGAGCAAAGAUUACGAACAUUCUCCUCUUACCUCAAAAACCAAUAUUUUCUUUAAUAUGAUUACCGUUAUGCUUAAUAAAUUAGCUACUUAA